CACCGCCAUCAAGUCGAUACUGUGUUUUCAUUUGGGCCUCCUCUCCAGCUUUGGACCUACCGUGCUGGAUACCAUGCCAUGAAUGCUGCCCUUGAGGCUGCUAAUCUCGGCUUUGAUGUUGGCCUCAGCGGCCCUGACCAGAAGGGCCUCAAUAUCUCUGACUUCACCAUCUUCAUUCCCACAGAUGCGGCUUUCGAAUCGAUCGGUUCUGUACUUGAGUCUGCCGACCUUGAGACGCUUCAGCAAGUUCUCAAGUUCCACAUCAUCCCCAACAACGUCAUUUUCUCACCCUCUCUGGGCAACGUCACCGUGCCUUCACUCCAAGGUACCAACUUGACCUUCACUGUUUUGCCUGACGGGUCCGCCUGGGUCAAUAAUGCCAAGAUCACUUUCCCAAACACCAUCCUGUUUAACUGCGUGGCCCAUGUCAUUGAUGCCGUUCUGGCACCCGGAGAAUUCAACCGCUCAUCGCUCAAACCAUCUGCUGCUGCAGCCGAUAGACUAUCCUUCCCCAGCGCAUCUUCUGUCGCGGUCUUGCCGUUCACCAGUGUCGCAUUCGAGGGUGACACCAUGACUUACACAUCCACACCUCAUCUUCUCCAGACUGUCGCUGCUGUCGCAACUUCUCGUCCCAAUGCUAACGCCACUACUUCGAGCCCGCCGCUUGCUACCUACACUGGAUCCGCCAUCAGCCUUGCUAGUAGUGUUGCCAUGGUCAUGGCUCUGGCUGUCUGUGUAGCUGCGCUGCUGAUCUGA